CUUUCAAAGAAGAUCUGUCAGGAGAAGAUUGCAGGAUGGAUAUCCAAGGUGCGACGACAGAGUGAGGAUCCACGAGAUUAUUUGGAAGAAGGCAACUUACUAUUUCAACGUGAUGGCCUGUGGUACUGCAUGUUGGCACAUGCAAUGAACACUGGCGUGAUAGGCACGAUGGAGGAUCUUCUGUGGUUAUGGGUGCUGAUGUUCUCAGGCUGUGGGAAGCAUAAAUAUGCGGCACACCUCACGAAAUUUCUUCGCAAUCUGCAUUCAGUCUACCCUGCCCGCCUG